AUGAAGCUCUUAUACAUUAGAGGGCAAGAAGUUUCAUGUGACCUAAAAAAAAGACUAUCUGAUGAAAAUUUCAACAUACAGGAAGUAAUAUUAUAUAGAACAAUUGCCAAAAGACACUUAACCAACAGAUGUAAAAACUUAUUAUUAGAUGGUGGUGUUGGUAGUGUAGUUUUUUUUUCUACACAAACAGCAAGAGUGUUUUGUUCGUUAGUUGCAAAAAGUGGAUUAUCGUCCAUGACGAGUAAUGUAGUUGCAUACUCUAUGAGUAAGAACAUUGCCGAUAGUUUAAAAUCAAUCAAAUGGAAAUCAGUUGUAACAUCUAGGUUACCAACACAAGAUAAUUUGAUUGAUACAAUUAAUAAGGAUAAUUAGUGCUAAAAAUUGCAACUUGGAAUAUAAACUCUAUACGCAAAAGAGUUAAUCAGCUUUGUAAUUUCAUUGUUAAUAAUCAGAUAGAUGUAAUUUUACUGCAAGAGACAAAGUGUACUGAAGAACAGUUCCCUUAUUUAGAAAUAAAAGAGCUAAAGUAUGAACAUGCUAUCUAUGGACAAACUGCAAGGAAUGGCGUGUGUAUCUUAUCUAAAUAUCCAAUAGUAAAAAAUUUUCAGAUUGAUAUUGUGGAAGAUUACCAUGAAGCACGUUACAUAGAAUGUAUAGUUAAAUAUAACGAUCAUCAUGUAAGGCUUGGAAGUGUAUAUGUGCCAAAUGGUCAAAGUCCUGAUUCUCAUAUGUUUGAGUAUAAAUUGAGGUUUUUGGAUAAACUCGGCCAAAGAAUGAAUAACUUACUAAAAAAUGAAGAAUUAACUAUUGUAGCUGGUGAUUACAAUGUUGCACCCGAUGAAAUUGAUGUUUUUGACUCAAGCUUAUUGAAUGAUGAGAUAUGCUUCCACAUAAAGGAACGUGAGAAACUCAGAGCAAUUUUUAAUCUUGGAUUUACGGACGCAUUUAGAAUAUUCAAUCCAAAUCUACAGCAAUUCAGCUGGUGGCAUUAUCAAGGUAACUCAUUGAGAAAUAAUCAAGGAAUGCGUAUAGAUUAUAUAUUACUAUCACCACAAGCUAUAGACAGGCUGGAAGCAUGUUAUAUUUAUGAUGGAUUACGAAAACUAGAAAACCCUUCAGAUCAUGCUCCUAUUAUAUGUAUUAUCCGCCCAGCAAAAGCUUUUAUUGAGCAGGCUAUGAGUUUCGAUUAA